UGCCAAUGCUUAGGGUCUUGACUGGCCGCCAGUUGGGGCAAACUGCACCAGUUCUAUAUAUGGUCUACGCUUCCAUAACAGUCACAGCAAUCUCUCCCCCAGUAUCGUCAUCUGCCUCCGACAUCGUUAAAUUGACAAAGUUUGCCAGCGCAAAAACUUGAAAAAAAGUUCACCCAUCCGAGAAAAAUCAAGUUCCUGUUCAAAGUAGACAUCAGAAAGAUCCCAGCUUUAUUGUCAACGGAUAAAUUCUAUCUACCAUGAAGAGGGCAAUGUCAUGGAAUGAGCAGGUUGAUGUUAUAUCGUCAGAUGAUUCUUCUUCCUCAGACUCAGAGAUAGAAGUCAAUGAUGGGUGUGAUCAAAAUCUGCCAGUCAACCAGUGGUGCGAUGGCAAGCAGCCAGACAAUGAUGAGAGUGAUGGCAAGCAGCCAAUGAAUAAUGUGGCAUUAAAUCAACUUUCCAAAGAAAUAACACCUGAAGAUGCAUUAGUCAGAAGGGCAGAAAUGUAUCAGGUGUACAUGAAGCAAAUUCCAAUUCCAACACACCGUGGUUCUGUCAUUCCAUUUAACACAUGGAUGGGAUUAGGCAAAUCCAUAAAGCAGUUAUAUGGUCAGCCCUUGCACUACCUCACCAAUAGUCUCCUAAGACAGUGGGACCAACUGAGGAUUGGCAGUGAGGAUGAAAAUAAGCCUUUGGAUACUAUAAUUCACCCUUGUAAAGCUGAGGCUGCCAUCUGGCUUAUGGAAGAAGUCCAUCGUUGCACCUCAUCACAUCUUCAUCUAGCCAAAAUCUGGCAUUUUGACCCAAUGCACCAUACUUUUGUUGAUAACAUUUUCCCACAAUUAUGAACCACAUAUUGAAAGGCCAGCAGGCCCUAGAGUUUUCACCUGCCAUGUGCUGGUUCUGUAAAAUGUCAUUUAGGUUCCUCAGAUUUGUUCAGGAUCUGUAUCUCCUUGGUAUGAAGAAAACAUUCUCUCUUUCUUUCCAAUGCAUGUAAUCGUUUACUCUUGGCAUAAACUGUCAUUGGAAAGAAUCAAGAAUGAAUGAUAUCGCUUUUUAUUCUUGGGGC